AUGAACCAAAGACGAUCUCCUCGUCGUCUGGCGAUCCAGCCUCCGAUCUCUUUGGCCGAAUCACUCGAGCUCACUCAUCAGGGUUUCGAGACGGCCUAUGGCGCAAUUUCAAGCGAUGUGGAGUACCUGACCAUCGUGCAAAGCUCCAACCAUUAUGUGACAGCGAAGUUUGUGGACCUCUUUGCCAAGCAGGAUGCAGUCGGUGGAAGGCUGAUCGUUGUGAUCAACGGUUUCGAUGGUCUCAGCAGUCACGAAGUCUCUCUUCUCAAAUUGCUCGAAGGCCACACUCACAAGUAUGAGUCCCAAACUUGGCGAUUCUCCGAGGCAAACACUGAGCAUGCUUGCAAGAUCAUUCGAGGAGAUAUCAAUCUUAUCGAUGGUCAGGAAGGUGUCCAUGAGCUGGAAUCUGGCAGUGGAUCUGGCAUUGUCCGUGAGGAGGAGCUGGACUUUUUGACCGCCCUUUACGUUCGCAUGAUUCGGCACAUCUGUGAGGACAGGAUACAGCUUGGUGUGUGA